UUUUUUUUUAUAUGGUAAGGAUUGUCACAAAGAUAACGGCACUUUGCUCUCCGUCUAGGUUAGCCAAUGUGUCAGCUUACCACCUUUACGUAGAGUAGAGCUGAUCCACCGCAUAGCCGGGCUCGUGUGCUAUUUCACUCCUUAACAUCGUUCAACCCUUUAUAUUUACUAAGGAGCUCUUAUAUUUAUUUGUCCCAGCUUUCCGUUAGCUGUACAAUUCACAAGCCGCCGUCGAGGCAAGCCAGUAAGGCAUGAGCAUCAGUUCCUGCUCUCCCUCAUGGCUAACGAAAUGGAGCAGAAGCACAGCCACCGUUCGAUCCUUGACCUUUUUGGACUCACAUCCAUCUACUUGUUCCUCUUGUUCUGCUCCCUACCUUAUGCCGCUGCACAGUCCAGUAAUCAACCAACGGGACCCGGCGAUUCCUAUGAAUUCGCCGACGCUUUCAGCCCUUCGAUGGGCAUCAUACUCGUCGGCAUCAUAAUCGCCUUCUUAAUAUUGGGCUUCUUGUCUUUCUGCAUCGGCCGCCCCGAAUCCGGCGGAGAAAGCACACAAGGUGGAAUUUCACGAAGGGGAAAUCGAGGUCUCGACCCGGCCGUGAUCGAUACUUUCCCAACCUUGGCUUACUCAUCCGUGAAGGAUCACAAAUUGGGUAAAGGAGCUCUGGAAUGCGCCGUCUGCUUAAGCGAGUUUGAAGACGAAGAUACGCUUCGAUUGUUGCCCAAGUGUGACCAUGUGUUCCAUCCUGAUUGCAUUGAUGCUUGGUUAUCUAAGCGCACAACCUGCCCAGUCUGCCGUGGUAACCUAUUGGGUGAAACACCUGCAACUCCGGUACCGGUACAGGACAUGGAAGGCGAUUCGGUUGGGGAAAUCUCCAUAUCGGAACCAGGUGACGUAGAGAACCAGCAAUCUUCACCACAGUUGUUAACGGUGGUAGCGGCACCGGAGGUAAUUAAUAAGAACCAAAUGCAGAACCGGCCACUGAGAACACCGAAAACGCCGGGAACACCGAGAACGAGACCGACGAGGCCAAGAUUCAUGGGGAGAUUUCCGCGGUCGCAUUCGACGGGUCAUUCGCUGGUUCUGGUUCAGCCGGGAGAAGACGUUGAGCGGUUCACCCUACGGCUGCCGGAGGAAGUGAGGAAGCAAGUCAUGAACAUGAGGCAUUUGAACCGGACUAGGAGCAUGUUGUCGUUGCCAAGUGUAGGGAGUCCGGGGAAGGGUAACCGGAUGACCGGAGAAGGGAGUAGCAGAGGAGAGAAAUCGAUGAGGGGAAUGAUGGGGGAGAAACCGGAUGGUUGGGUCUUCUCGAUUACACCGCCUUUCUUCGUGAGGCCCUCACCUACUCGGUCACCGAAGAUGACAGCAGCAGGGGGAGCUGAGGUGACACCUCGGCUUAAACCCUUAAGGUCGCCGUUGCAAGUGAGCAUGAAAGCUGAUGGAACUGAACCGUCGUUGAAUCGGCCACCGAUUUGAUGGUCAUCUCACAGGAUCAAAAUCUUCUGUUUUUCUCAUCCAUGUUUUUCCUUAUUUUGCUAUCUACAAAACGUGACACGUGGAUAACAAAGAGACCAAUGGUCAAGAUUGGGUGAGGAUUAUUACAUUCGGUGCGUUGGUUUUAAAGUUGUCCACGUGUCAUGUUCUGCAGGUAGCAAAACAAGGAAAAACAGGGGUGAGAAAAACAGAGGAUUAUUUUCCCAUCUUCACAACUGCUUUCCCCCCUUAUUGAUUCCAUUUUUUCCCCUUUUAGGUUUAUUUAUUUUUUUAAUAUAAUUUUUGUGCAAUAAAAAAAAAGGGAAGGGUGUAUAAUAUAGCGUUUGUUGUAAGCUGCCAAAUGAAUUGCAAUUGAGACCUAAGAAGAAUUUUUGAUACGUGAUAAUUGUUAAUAAAGAAGGGGAAUUGACGGCUGUGAUCAGAGAAGAUUGGUGGCCUUUGUCACAA